AUGAGCUCUACAGACAAAAUUGGCAUUGCCUUGGUUUCUGACGAGGUGAUCCCCGUGUGUGCCGAGCUCCUGUCGAAAAACUUUGGCCAUGAUGCACCUUUUGUGGAUAUUUACUUCCCGGACCACGAUACACCUUCGGGACAGGCGUCGCUUUCGAAGCGUUUAACGUCUUGGAAGCCAUCCUCUCCACAAUCCACAUUCUUGAAAGCAGUCACCAAGCCUGGCCAGAGCAGUCACCAAGCCUGGCCAGGGCAGUCAGGAACUCAUCGCGGGCUUCGCUCUCUGGACCUUGACGAAAGAGCCUCCACCUGCAGAGCUUGA